AGCAAGGAAAUGAAAUAUGAAAAGUAUUGUGAAAUUAUGCUGGUUUAUGUGGAUUAAAAUAUGCAGUGCCAAAUUUCCUGGGGGAUGCCCAGCCUACAUUCGCUCGUCAUACGACGAGCUCCACUAAUGGAUAUGGGUACUGCCACCAGUUCAGUGACUUCUGUUAAUCCUUCUAAUAAAGUUGCUACUAAUCAGAAAAAAGUUGACAAGUCUAAUAAACUUACUGGAGUGAGAUUACCUUUAUUACGCAAAGAAGCAAGCGUUGUAAACCUUUCUUUGACAGAAAGAACUGCAUUAGGAAAAGGAGUGGAUGCUCCUUUACUUAGACCUGAAAGUAGCGCAAGCUUAGAAGCUCGUGGCAAUAGCUGGUUGAGUCUAGGCCCUGGAGUAUUACGGAAAUGUGAAACUGCUGUGGGUUUAAGUACUUCUGCUUUAGAAGGGCGACCUAUAAAUCGUAGUCGAGUUUGUUCUCGUUGUUCCAGUUUGUUAUCACUGGCAUCUAGUUCACGUUACAGUUUAGCUGCAGGCAAUUUUGUUCCUGCAGGUUCUCAACAAGCACUUGGACGCAUUCUUUGUAAAUUAUGCCUUGUUGAUACUUCUCUUUCCAAAACAUUUAAGAUAGAAGGCUGUGGUUGUUCCUAUUGUAAAGAUUGUAUGAAAGCAUAUGUUGAAUAUGAAAUUGAAAAAGGUGCAUAUGAAAUUAGUUGUCCUGAUGCACAAUGUGAACAUGGAGCAAUACUUUCUAUAAAGGAAAUAUCAAGUCUUGCUAGUCCUGAACUUGUGGAAAAACAUCAUAAAUUUCGUUUAAACAGAGAUGUAUCUAUGGAUAAAGCACGUGCCUGGUGUCCACGUGCAGGUUGUGAAACAAUAUGUUCUAUAAGUGCUACUGGAUCAAGUGAAACUCCUAUUGGACCUGUUCAUUGUCCUAAUUGUUGUACAGAUUUUUGUUCUAUAUGUCGAGAAUCUUGGCAUAGUGGUCCUUGUUCAGAUCUUUCAUUAGGUAUACCAUUUGAUGGUGAUCAUAUCAAAUGCUGUCCUAUGUGUUCUGUACCUAUUGAAAAAGAUGAAGGAUGUGCUCAAAUGAUGUGUAAAAGAUGUAAACAUGUUUUUUGCUGGUAUUGCUUAGCUUCUUUAGAUGAUGACUUUUUAUUGCGACAUUACGACAAAGGACCGUGUAAAAAUAAAUUGGGUCACUCACGCGCCUCAGUUAUUUGGCACAGAACACAAGUAAUUGGAAUUUUUGCUGGAUUUGGUUUGCUCUUGCUCGUUGCAUCGCCAUUUCUUUUAUUGGGCGCACCAUGUUUCAUAUGUUGUAAAUGUAGUGUAAGUGGUUCAUCCAGACUUGAGCAAGAGGAAGGUGAUACUGCAACAUAG